AUGUCGAGUAGUUUUAUCGGUAGUAAAAUCGCGAUUAUUACCAAAUCUCAAUGUCGAUAUGUGGGAACAAUUAUUGGCAUCGAUGCUCAAGCAUCAUCAAUACUUCUUGGAAAUGUUCAAUGUUUUGGUACAGAAAAUCGUGGAGGAAAUUUUUCUAAUAAUCAAAUGGCUGGUACAAUUGUACCUAUAAUGCAAUUUGCUAAUAGUGAUAUUGAAGAUUUAAAAAUUGUUGAGGAUGAAAAAAUGAUUGAAAAUCAAUCACAACAACAACAACAUUCAUCAUAUUCUAUGCCUAUUUUAUCAUCACCACCAGUACGAGCACCACCACCACUUCAAAAACAACCAUCAAUACAUGAUGAUCCAGCUAUUGUAUCAGCAGUUAUUAGUACAUCGAAUAAGGAUUUAUCAAUGUCAAAUCGAUUAAUGCAGAGUCUUCAUCAGUUAAAUUUAUCUGAUGAACAAUCAAAAACUGAAGAAUCUCGUCGUCGUAGUGAUUCUGGUGAACUUGGUACAUCAUGGUCAUUGUUAUCUCCAUCAAAAUGGGAAAAUAAUAAAUCUUCUUCUCAACAACAACAACAACAACAAUCAGGCAAUAAAAGCAAAUUUUUCGAUGCUUUUUCAUUAAAUACUAAUGAUCAAUUACAAUCAAAUCGUUCUCAGCAUCAAUGGCCAUUAAAUACUCAUUCAACUCAAACAUCACGUCGUCAAAAUAGUCAUUAUAAUGAACAAGAAGAUGAUAAUAGUGGACUACCUGUUCGUCAACCAUUUUUUUCAAAUGAUCGAACUUAUUCUCAACAACCACAACAGAAUCGUUAUCAAAAUGGUAAUAUACAAAAUCAACAAAGAUAUUUUCAUAAUAAUCGUCGUAUACAUAUGAAUAAUCAACAACGACGUCCAGGUGAGGGUUAUAAUCGUGAAACAUUUCAUGAUAAUGGUAAUAUUUAUGAUGAUGAUUUUGAUUUUGAAACAAAUAAUCGUAAAUUUAAUAAAUUAAUAAGUGAAGAUGAAUUUAAAGAACAAUCAGAAUCAUCAAAUCAAUUAUUUCAUUCAAAACAAAAUUCCGAUUUAACGAGUGAUUAUGAACCAAUAUAUGAUAAAAAGAAAUCAUUUUUUGAUAAUAUUGCUCUUGAAGAUGCAUCUAAUGUAUCAGCACCUAUGUAUAAUCAUGUAAGAAAUCAAGAUACAUUUGGUAAUGAUAGAAAUCAACGUCAAAAGUAUCGUGGUAAUUAUAGACGAUCAAAUCAUAAUAAUUAUCGACAACAACAGAGAAAUGAUGAUUUUUAUUAUCGACAAAAUAAUAAUGGAUAUCAUUAUCGAAAUUGA